AUGCUUCGCCCUCUUGGGCGCCGAUCGUGGACAUGCCGCCGAUGUCUCGUACAGCGCCAGACUCGAACCUUUGAAAGCGCCGCAUCACAAGCCCCCCGAUCCUAUACCAGCUAUAUACCCGCGGAUAAUAACAAUCCGACCAAGGAUGCCGAUGACGAGACCUUACGCCGCGUCUUUGACUCACAGAACUUCUGGAAGGAUUUCUCGCAGCAGCAAAGCGCGACGGUUCCAAAGCAGGCUGGAUUGGUUCAGAAUCAAUACUUGACAACUCCGGAUGGAUUCAGGGACUUUGCACAUGUUUCGCUACAGAAGUGUCAGACAAUCGUCGCCAAGGUCUUGGGAGCCCAGACUGUAGACGAGUACAGGUCUUUGGCAAGGAAUUUAGAUCGACUUAGCGAUCUCCUUUGUCGAGUCAUCGACCUUUCAGACUUCAUUCGAACUAUUCACCAUGAUCCGCGCAUCCAAGAAGCAGCGACGCAGGCGUACGCUCUGAUGUUUGAAUAUAUGAACGUGUUAAAUACCACCACAGGGCUUCAUGAGCAGCUUUGCAAGGCCCUGUCAAAUCCAGAAGUGACAUCACAUUGGUCAGAGGCGGAGACGAUUGUCGCACAGAUUUUGAUGAAAGAUUUUACAAAUUCUGCUAUACACAUGCCCCCAAGCGAGAGACAACGAUUUGUGAACCUUUCGAACGAUAUCAGCCAAGUUGGCUCUAAUUUCUUCAAUGGCGCCGAACCGGCUCGGGCUCAAGUCACGUUCAAUGCAAACAGUCUGCAAGGAUUAGAUCCUAUUGUGGUGCAGCAAAUAAAGAGAUGGAAUAAUAAAGCUCCAGUUCCCACGAUGGGAAUCAUUCCUCGACUCGUUUUACGAUCAGUACGGGAUGAAUCGGUCAGAAAACAAGUAUAUCUUGCUACUCGAACCUCCAGCGGGCGUCAAAUUCAUCGCCUGGAGAAACUUCUCAUGAAGCGAGCAGAACUGGCGCAGAUUUCAGGAUUCAACAGCUUUGCCGACAUGACCCUCAGCGAUAAAAUGGCGAAGACGCCCGAGGCAGUGUCGAACUUUUUGACCUCCCUCAUCGCUAAUAACCAAGGCCCCGUGCAAGAGGAGCUAUCUCAACUACAGCAGAUGAAGGGCGGCUCUCUUCAGCCAUGGGAUCAUGCCUACUAUGUCCAUAAGCGCGUACUGGAAUAUUCUCAAUCCCGCCGAUCUCGAGAGCUGAGCAUCGUCCCCGAGUUCUUUUCACUGGGCACAGUUAUGCAAGGCCUCUCACGACUUUUCGAUCGUCUCUAUGGCGUUCGUCUUGUUCCCCAAGAAACAGCCCGAGGCGAAACCUGGCAUCCAGAUGUUCGCCGCCUAGAUGUGUUAGAUGAGGCAGAUAGACAUAUCGCCGUCGUAUACUGCGAUCUAUUUAGCAGACCCACUAAAUACCCCAACCCAGCUCAUUUCACACUGCGUUGCUCGCGCGAAAUCCUACCCGAAGAGAUCGCAGAGUGUGCCUCGAUGGGUGAAUCUGCACACCCGAACGAUGGCAUGGCGACAGCCAUCGACCCGCAAACAAAGACUCUCCGCCAACUUCCCACUAUCGCUCUUGUUUGCGACUUCCAAGAACCAGUCACAAAUGGCUCAGGCCGCCCAACGCUUCUAAGUGAGCAGAGUGUUCGCACUCUAUUUCACGAAAUGGGCCAUGCCGUCCACUCCAUCCUAGGACAGACGCCUCUCCAAUCUAUCUCCGGUACACGAUGCGCAACUGACUUUGCCGAGCUUCCAUCCGUUCUAAUGGAGAGUUUCGCUACGGCGCCUGAAGUCCUUGCCCUCUACGCCCGACACUGGAAGACAGGCGAGCCGCUCUCCGAAAGCAUGAUCCGAAGCAUGGAAAUGGACCGUACAGCUCAUGGCUCCAUCUACGGAGCCGUCGAGAACGAAUCCCAAAUCCUCAUGGCACUAGUCGAUCAAGCAUACCACUCUAUCCCAAGCAAGGAGGCCAUAAACGGCAUCAACACAACCUCUAUCUACCAUCAGGUUUUCUCACAGCACUCCUCCCUCCCUGAUCCAGAUGAUGUUCGACCCCAGACCUCCUGGCAAGGCUUCUUCGGUCACUUGUAUGGCUAUGGUGGUACUUACUAUAGCUAUAUUUUUGAUCGGGCUAUUGCCAAUAAGCUCUGGCAGGAUGUUUUCCAGUCUGGUAGGGCGUCUGUGGAUCGUGCUGCUGGUGAGCGGUAUAAGAAUGAGGUUCUUCGUUGGGGUGGUGGGCGGAAUGGUUGGGAGUGUGUCGCUGGUGUGUUGGGUGAUGCUAAUCCUUCUAAUAAGGAUGGUCGUCUUGUGGAGGGUGGUGAUGAGGCCAUGCGUGAGGUUGGUCGGUGGGGAUUGGGCCGUGAUGGCAUUUCUGGAUAG